GACAUAACAGAGUGCACAUGCAUAUAAAGGCAAUCGACAAUUCACGACACAGCUGGUGUUGCGAUUCAGGAUCGACGAGAAGUAAACGGAAAUAUGAACACUUUGGCACGGAACAUGUGUCCCGUUACCGCGGCGCUGCCCGAAGUGUUGCCGAUAUCGAAGCUGAAGAACCGGACUGCCCUGGUGACUGGCGCGGGCAGCGGCAUCGGCCGCUGUGUGUGCGAAGCGCUGGCAGCCGAUGGCGCUCGAGUGGUGGCUGCAGACUGCAACUUGGACUCCGCCGUCCAGACAGUGCUGCGCUUGCCCGCAGGAACCGCGCGCCACCAUGCCUGGCAUGUCGACGUCACUAGCAAAGCGUCGGUGACGUCUCUGUUCGAUCACAUUAGCAAUUGUCCGGACCUGCCUCCAGUGAGUAUCGUUGUAUGCUGCGCCGGAAUCCAAAGAAGGGGCAGAGUCGUCGACCUGAAGCUGGAGGUGUUCGACCAAGUCAUCGACGUUAAUUUAAAGGGCACGUUCUUGACGGUGCAAGCGGCAGUGAACGAGAUGCUGGCGCGAGGCGUGGAACAAGGCUCCGUGGUGACGGUGUCCAGCAUCGUGUCCCGGACGGGCCUGUAAUACCACGGCGCCUACGCGGCUUCCAAGGCGGCCGUCGUCGCCUUCACCAAGACGGCGGCACUCGAGCUGGCGCCGCACGGCAUCCGCUGCAACGUCGUGCUGCCGGGAAUGGUGGACACCGCCAUGACGGCCACCGUGAGCGAGAAGGACCGCGGUAUUGUCAGCGCCCGCACCCCACUCGGUCGGCUGGGACGACCCGAGGAGAUCGCCAGAACCAUUCGGUACUUGUGCGACGAGGCGGACAGUUCUUUCGUCACGGGAGCCUCCUUCGAAGUCACCGGUGGCCUUCACAUGUGACCGCCGCCGAAGACACAACGGCUGCGGUCGUGCGCGUAACUAACAUCUCGUAGAUGGUCGUCAUCAUCAGGGGGCAUCCGCUGCGAUUGCAGAGACGGAAGCAAUGGCCUUCUUUCGAUGCCGAACACCACGUCGAGGUCGAUUGCGGGCCCGGUCAUCAAGACUCAUCGGGGCUUGAAUGCACACACGCACGUCAGCUGA